GUUUAAAAACUUAAAGAUUGAAAUAUGACAGAGACAACGACCUCUUUGAAACCAAGUAUCAUUCUACAAAAAGCUUCGACUAUUAUAUAUGCAUGCUGCAAAGUAAGGAGAAUGAGAAAGUAAUUCUCUUGGCAUAAAACAGAAAAAGAGAGAAUAAGAGUAAUAUUGGCUGUAAACAUGUUUACCAUAUUCUUGUUCAUUUACCAUCUAAUAGCCUUCGUUUCAGCACACAGAUCAGAUUAUGUGCUAGCAGAUGACAUGGUAAUCGACUGUGGCCCGUUGUCAACAUCCAAAGUUGGGUUUCUAGAGCCGGUGUCUCCACUAUCCACCAUUGAUGCUGAGAGUAAGAUUGGAGCUUCUAGUCGUAUACCUGGACCUAUUCUCUUUCAAACGAACUACACUUACACCUGUAUCGUCCCUCCAGGUCCCAAAAUCAUUCAAUUCCAGUUCUAUCCAACCUCACUGGAAAGCAUAAACAAAUCCGAAGCAUUAUUUACCAUCAGAGCUGGAAAGUACACUUUGUUGACGACUUCAGCAUCCUCCUACUCUAUAGGUUCUCAAGGUCAAAUCCAGCAUGCCAUCAGAGAAUUCUGCAUCAACGUAGAUCAUGGAAGACUACACGUGACAUUCACGCCAUCAUCAACUCCUGGUGCCUAUGCAUUUGUAAACAAGAUCAAAGUUGUUUCGGUGCCGACAAGUCUUUAUGUGAGAGGAAAUGAUGAAGUUCCCCUUCAAAUUCGUCUCAUCGGACAUAAUCCUAAAGACCAUCAAGUUUACAUCCUCAACAACUCAAUGGCUCUUGAGACCAUGUACCGAGUCAACGUAGGCGGGCCUUUCAUCUCUCCUGAUCUAGAUGGUUCUGAGAUGCUGCGCACCUGGUCCACAGACGAAACAUAUCUGAAUGCUAUUGAGGACGAUACACACAUUCUUCAAUCAAACAUAGGAAUUAAGUACAGCUCAGAGGUCCCAGCAUACACUGCACCAGUAAAAGUAUACACCACAACCAGGGCUUUAUAUGUUGAUGGUAAUACUAGCUGGUCAUUCCCUCUUGAUUCUGGAUUCUAUUACCUCAUCAGAUUUCAUUUCUGCGAGAUCAGUAAGAAGAUUAAGCUAGGCGAAAGAGUUUUUAAAGUCUACAUCAACUAUCAAACAGCUGAGAACCUUGCAGAUGUAAUCCAAUGGAGCAAUGGAGCUGGUCUUCCAGUACGUCGAGAUUAUGUCGUUGAUUAUGUUUCCGGGCAUAGCAAUAGCACGCGGAAUCUGGUGGUUGCAAUAGAAAACAACAACUCAGAACUUGAUGAUCAUCAGGGAAUCUUAAAUGGCUUGGAAAUCUUCAAAAUAUCAGACACUAACAACAAUCUUGCUGGGGCGCAUCCAUUUGGUUUUGAAGUUGAUCAGUACCAAAACAUUCCAACAUUUACUGCUGCACGUAUCUUUCGCCGAAUAGGUAUUACAUUCAUGGCUAUUCUGUUUGGUGUCCUUGUACUAACAGCGGUAUUCCAUUCCAUAAAAUUACCGAUAGGACAGCGAUGGGGUAAACAAGGCUUUCUCCCCUGGCAUUGUUCUUCAGACCAAUAUUAUUGUCGAAACUUCUCACUUGCUGAGAUGAAGUCUGCAACAAACAACUUCUGUCAAGGUUUUCUGAUUGGCAGUGGUGGAUUUGGGAAGGUCUACAAGGGUUAUAUAGGAGGUGCUGGCUACACUGCAACUACUAUUGCUAUAAAGCGUGCAAAUCCCACUUCAAAGCAAGGCUUACAUGAAUUCCAAACAGAAAUCACCAUGCUCUCCAAGCUACGACACCACCACUUGGUUUCUUUGAUUGGGUACUGCAAAGAGGACAAGGAAAUGAUACUUGUGUACGACUAUAUGGCGCAAGGUACACUCCGUGAUCAUCUUUAUGGUAAGUACCAGAAAUCCCCACUUCCUUGGAAGCAGAGGAUCAAGAUAUGUAUAGGAGCAGCCCGAGGCCUGCACUAUCUCCACACAGGGGCAAAUGAAAAAAUCAUUCACCGGGAUGUGAAGUCUAGUAACAUACUGUUGGACAAAAAUUUGGCGGCCAAAGUUUCAGAUUUUGGAUUGUCAAAAGUUGGCCCCGACCAGAAUAUGAUUAGUGCCACUGCCCAAUCAUCAAAUGGUGAGACUCCUCAUGUUAGCACUGAAGUAAAGGGUAGUUUUGGAUACCUAGACCCGGAAUAUUAUCGAAGACAGAAACUGACCGAGAAAUCAGACGUUUAUUCAUUUGGGGUAGUGUUGUUUGAAGUUGUGUGUGCUAGGCCAGCUGUGAUAAGCGUUGUAGAAAAUGGAGAGCCAGAACAAGUAAACUUAAGUGAAUGGGCACUACAACAUUGUAAUCCUGGUCAGGAGGGGAAAGCAAUUGAUCACAUCCUAGACCCGUCUCUAUUGGGAAAGAUCAAUUCCGAGUCUCUGAAGACAUUCACAGACAUAGCAAGGCAAUGUUUGACAGAUAGGGGAAGUGAGCGGCCGUCGAUGGGGGAUGUGUUGUGGAAGUUGGAGGUGGCAUUGCAGCAGCAAGAAAGAGCUGAUCAAGUAGAAAACAAUCGAAUCGGCCCUAGUUUUCCUACAGAGAUCGAUGGUCAUAAACAACAGGUCAUUAUUCAAGUUGGCAUUUCAGAUCCAACCCCAGGGCUCGAGUUUUCUGAGAUGAUGCUACCCACUGGACGUUGACUACUAGCUAAGGCUCUAGCUAUCAGUGUGUGUAUCGUGUUGAC